AUGUCUUCACGAGGGCAGCCGUUAGACUACAUCGAGACCACCUUCCUCACCAUCCUCUCCGAAAUUGAAAAGCGCCCAUGUGGAAGGCCGAAGAUCACACUCAAGCGUAUUGUUGGAGACAAUCCGCACCAAUGCCACCGGGACACAGAACGAGAAGUCACCUACUCAUGGCCCGGCAAGAACAGGGACGAGGCAUGGCGAUUUGCAUGCGUCGGCAAGAUCCUAGCAGAGUUACACGAAGCCCUGCAUAGUGGUGUAACAGUGACCAAGAGGGACAUAUACUACCGAGAUCCCGAGCUGUAUGGCAAACAAGCCCUUGUCGACCGAUACGUGGAUGAUAUUGCAUAUACCUGCAAUGUCACAAGGAGGAAGCUCAAUGUGACUGCAAGUGCAAAAGGGCUGCAUGCGGGCCUGCUUCCGUUUUGCCUAGCCGGCAGUACACCAAAUGCAUCCUUCGAGGCUGUCCCUGAUUCGAUCCACCACUCGCAAGAACACAGUCUUGCUCACCUUAACUGGAUCCUGGUGAUUGAGAAAGAAGCAACAUUCCGGUCAUUGGUCGAGAAACGGUUCCAAUGGAACAGCAUCAACGGCCCUGGCCUCAUGAUAACGGCAAAAGGCUAUCCCGACUUAGCCACUCGCCGCUUUCUGCGCACCAUCUGCGACCACCGGACCUGGCUUCAUCGACCUCAACCUCCCAUAUUCGGCCUCUUCGAUGCCGAUCCUGACGGCAUCAAUAUCAUGCAGAUAUACUGUCAAGGCUCGCAGUCGCUGCCACAUGAGACCGAACUGAACGUGCCUGAAAUGCAAUGGCUUGGAGUACGGGCAGCAGACGUUCUUGCAGAAGUUCAGAAUGACGAGUCCGUGCUCAAAUUGACGUCAAGGGACAGGAGGAAAGCAGUGGCAAUGCUUGGGAAAUUGAAUCGGGAAUCCGAAGCUGUUGUGGAUCAGCAAUGCAGGAUCGAGCUGCAGAGAAUCCUAGUGCUGAACGUUAAGGCUGAAAUCCAAUUAUUGGAGGAUAGACCUGGUGGUCUUGAAGGGUGGCUGAAUGGGAGGAUUAAGACGCAGUUGAGGAAGAGCAUCCACCUGUAA